GCUGUUGUGAUGUGUUGCUGUGUGAUGAUGAUGUUUCGUUUCAAUGACGGAACGAGGCCAUCUUCUUAUACAUGAUCGUCCCGCCCCCAGCGCAACAGCCGGGAUGUCGGCAAGCCAGAGUUCAUUCCAAUUACAACAAGGCCCCAGUGAGUAAGAAUCUGACAGUCCAUGUUGUGUGAUGCCAAAGAUACUCCGCCGACACAUGGGCUGGCAUCCGGCAUGUCAGACUUCCGUGGUCACCAUCCCGGCCGGCGGGGCGCUCACGCAUUCGCAGGACGUGCUGCGAAGGGGACCCGCAUUCAAUCAAUCAGGCAAAAGUGCAGAAGCAUCCUUCUGUAGGAGUUCCUGGUGUCUUUGUGUGUAUGUUUGUGUGUAUGUUUGUGUGUUAGUUGCCAUGGUAGUAGUGGUGUGGCGGCUGUGGCAUGGGUGGCCCAGUGUAGGUGACCCUCGCCAACAUUGCAGAUGCGGGCUGUGCAGCAGUCGCUGGAAGGCUGGUGAGUGGCCGCAGCGCCUAUGGGCCGCCUGUGGCUGCAGUUCUUUUUGGAAUCUUGAGUGCGCUGCGCCUAAAAAUAACGGCGCGCGGGGGUGUUCGGCAAGCGCUAAGCGACGAGCCGUGGGAGCCGUGGAGGCCCAACAAUCAAUGGCGGCCGACGCCCUAACAACCCACAGCGCCUUUUUUUCUUCUUCUGGGCGACCGUCAGCAAACCGGCAGCCACAGCAUCAGCACCAACCAGCGAAGGAGCUGUGCCACGGAUGGAUUGGAACUGCUAAGCGGGCAGCAGCGCCCCACGGAGGCACGCUGAUCCGGGCGGGAAGCGGGCGGGAGCUUCGGUGCAGCGGCCAACGCAGCACUGCACGGCGCCAAACCAGCCCGGGGCGGGCGCGUCUUACCAGCAUGCACCCUGUGUUGGACCCUAAAUUUACAGCGAGGGCCCGCUAUGGCCCGCGAUGGCCCAGCGAAGCCAUCCAUCAUCUGCAGCCUCAUGCAAUGUUUCCCCAUUCUUCAUCCACGCAUGUUUCCCGGCGUUUCGUUUCGAUGCCAUCCGAUGAUGAUGCUGCUCUGGAUUCUAUCCGGGACAAGGUCCAUGCGUGUGGAUGGAUCUUGUCUCCGUCAGCGUCAGGAUCGAAGCGGUGAAGAUGGCGGGACAUGAUCGUUGUCAGCACUUAUUUAUUGUAGAGUUACACUGGGCCUCACUCAGCACUCACUACUACUGCCCGUGUGAGAGGCUGGCCAGUCCUCGAGAGGAGGAACGGCAUGGAAGUGAUCCAUCGGCAAACAGAAGGAUCCCCUAAUUCGCUGUGCUAGUUGUCAAGACACAGCGACUGGACGCCUCCAUAUUGCAGCGAGUGAGACAAUCACCGCCGUUUCAAUGCAUCGCCAAUCAACAAAGAGCACUGUUGAUCUCACAUAAACGUUAAGGUUAAAUUGCAUCAGCACCACUCGGCAAAGAAUUAUCCAUCUCACCUCAGAAAUCAACAUC